AUGAUGGCGGCGGGAAUCGCCGCCGCCAAGCCGGACAAGUUGCUCACAGCGACCAAGGCCCCCAAGGCUGGGAAGGCCCCCAAGGUCGUAGCCGUCAUGAACGUCGACAAGGUCCCGAAGUCGAACUUCACCCAAGAAAGUGCCCCCCGCGACGCCGGCCAAAGUAUAAAAGCAAGGCCGCACGUCCUCGUGACCAAGCUCAAGACCCCCAUUAAGGUCAAGGGUUUUAUUGGCCCUGCCCACACCGUCACCGAGGAAGCCACGAUGGACCAGCGGUUCGAGACAGACGCCGGCCCCCUAAUGCUCACAAAUCUCAAGUGCUGGGUGUCGACGGGCGACUGCCCGCCAACGUCGGCGACAUCCUUUUGA